AGUUGCUGGGCAGAGACUAGUGAUCUCAAUGGGAUCUGUAUUGCGAGAAUUGCCCAGUCUUUUCCGUUUUCAGAAGUUCAUUCUGGGAAUUUCGAUGGAAGUUUUUGCAGGGACUUUGUCCAGGAAAUCCCUUUAUGGGGAUUCUUCUAGGACCUAGGUGUUCAUCUGGAGAUUUUUCCUGGAGUUUUAGUUUAAAUUGUUUCAAGUAACGUCUCUUAGUUUCAAAUGGGUUUAUGUAAUUUUAAUUUGAGUUUUAUUCAUAUAAAGACUGGACUCGAAAAAAUGAGACACCCUAAAUAAUGUAUAACUUUUGAUUGCGUUUACAAAAAUAGCUGAUUUUUUAACCAAAAAUAGCAUAUUAUGUGUAGUUAAUACCCUAAAAAUUUCAUUAAAAUCGGUUCAGUAUUGGCGCAAAUAUUGUCGAGACAAUAAAAUGUGAUUUUGGAAAUUUUGGGCGUUCAUUUUAAAAUUUGUUUAGGCUAUAACUUUGUUGUUAGCUCAUGAAAACGUCUGAAAAUUCGACUAUAGGUUCUCCAAGUAAGGCAAAAUAAGUGGUGAAAAUUUUAUUAUAAUCGGUUCAGUACUUUUUUAACAAUUCAAACAAAAAACGGGGUUUUAAAAUUUUGGGUACUUUUUAACAUUUUAAAAUCAGUGUGCACUAUUUUGACUGUAGAAUUGACAACACUAUCCCGAUUUUUAUGAAACUUUGACAGUGUAAAAUUGUUGUGUUAAACUGUUUUCAGUAAAAAUUUCAGCCAUUUUGGUUGAACAUUUAAAAAGUUAGAGCAGUUUGAAUGUCACUAUACCAAAAACCACAUCUGCAUAUUGCGACAUAGUGCUACAUAUAUGGCUAUAACUUUUUAACGGUUAGAUCAAAUUGAAUGAAAUUUUGACACAAUACUUCUACAUACAUACUUUUUGCACAGAAAAAUUUUCAUUGAAAUCGGUUCAGUAUUUUUGGCUCUACAGUUUUAGGUAAAAAAAAGUGAUAUUUUUUAAAGUGUUUGUUCGCCUAAGAUUCUCAAAUGGUAAGUCUCUUGUUUCGACGAUAUCUACGCCAACACUUAAUCGAUUUUGAUGAAAUUUUUAUGGCAUUAGUUACACAUAAUGUACUAUUCCUGGUAAAAAAGUCAGCGAUUUUUGUGCACGCAAUCAAAAGUUAUACAUUAUUCUUUGUGUCUCAUUUUUUUCGAGUCCAGUCUUUAGACACUGUUGUAAGAUGAAUGUUGAAAAAUAAAUAAAUAUAUAAAAUAUAUAAACUGUGAAGGCAUGGUCCAAUAUUAUUCACUAAUUCUUGCACUAUGACACUUCUAGGGUCCCGAACCUCUGUUCUUUUUACUUAUCCCAUAAAACGAUUUUUUUUAAAUUUUUGUCGAGCAGUAUUAUGCAUUAUUUACUCGAGCCCCGUCGACCUAUCGCUAAAAACGAUACGAUCGUGCGACGCUAUUUUCCGACAACAUAGCAAAAAACAACGCAAUACUAAAAACUAACCAUCCAUGCAUCUAUUGGUUUCGUAAAAGCGAACGCGAUCGACUAUGCUGCGAUACUCACGGGUGCGAUGCAUGCACAGCAAAGAACAACAAGCUUAGUUUGAGAAGAGUGUUAUUACUGAGGAGCAAAACAGUAAGGAACAAAGUGAUAUGCGGAAAUUUUAUGAAACUGAUUCAAAUUCGAAGAUAAUCAGCAUCAUCUCCAGCCAUGCGCAAUGAUCGUGAAGGUAAUUUGCUGACAAUAGCACUGGGCAGGUAAAGAUAGCACUUGGAAACUUUGUUCAAUGGAAGGAACGUUAGUGUGUCAACGAGUAGAUUAGGCGCUGUCAAUAAACUACGUAGACUCAUUUUUGACCAUCAUUACCCAGAUAUCCACUAAGCAUUUAAAUAAGCCGUAAAGUAGCCCGUAUUAUGCAUUUGAGAUGCUUGCUGCCCUACAUGAGCAGUUCGAAUGCAUAACUGCUUUGAAAUAGCAUAUGCUGUGCUGCUCAAAAGCUUUAGGCUGUAAAUUAGCAUUUCAACUGCUUGAAGUGUUUUCGUUCGGGAGCAAUCAGAAUGCUGCUCAACUGCUUUUUAAAUGCUAAGAGCAAAGAGGAUGGGAGAUAUGUUAUGCAAUUCACAGCACAUGUUAUCUCUCUCUUACAGGACCUAUGCUUCUGUUUACAAAUUUGUGCACUUGAUUUGCUUCUUCUUUUUUCCCUCACCAAAUCAAGAGCUCAUAAGCAAACAUUGCUGCAGCUGGGUUGAAUAGAAACUUGACCAUCAAAAAAUGACUAAUUAUGAUUCCGUCGGAAAAUGUGUGCUGGAUAUAGGUGGAUGGUUCGGCGGAUCCUUGGGCGGAUCAUAAGAUUAUUCGAAAGAGGAAGAGAAAAUCAUAUGCUACAGAUUGAAAAACAAAUGAAAAUGCUCUACACACCACGGAAUAUCUUUUUGAAAACAAGUUUUGGGUGUUUAAAAUGACGCUCAACUCAUUAAAACAAGUCCUAGUUAGAGCAUUUUAAAAUUGUGUAUGAGAAUCGGUUUUUGUCAUAUAAACACUGGCGUGUGCAGCAUAGUUGUCCCAUGUUCUAUGGGAAUCCCUAUUAACAUGGACAACUACGCUCUACACGGCAGAACAGUGUAUGUGCUUUGAACCUGUUUAUCAAGGAUGGAAGAAAAUCACUUCUAACGAUAAAUGAUACGCCAUACGAACAAUCAAAGAUAGCCGUUGCUCUUGCGGUAGCAUGAUGCGACACCCUCGCGCUGUGCUCGUAUCACAGAGCAAUCAAACAUCUGAUGCACUCUUUAUCGCGGGAUCUAUCGUUAUCGGAUCAUGUUACAAGUCGCGAUAAACUUUAUUCAUCACGAUUAAUGCCACUUAUGCACCCCGAAACCCAAAUUCAUGAUCAGGAAUAUUACAUUCAUAUGCAUAUCGUGAAGCUUCAGCAAUAAGAAUGCACAAAAAGUUACCGAAAAUCGAAAUUUAUCAUUUCGACUUCAUGAUAACGAUCGCAUCGCGGCCGCACAUGCCGAGCGAUUCAUUAUUCGCGGAGCAUGAUUUGUUAUGAAUGCUUGACGACACAAUUUUAUCGUUGUUGCUAUGAUCGCGCGAUGCCUUCCAACCGCGACACAUUUGGGAUCCUAUCAUGAUCACUAGAUUUCCAUCCUUUUUGCAGACCCCUCGGAAAUUUUAUUAUAAUCGGUUCAGUACUUUUUUAACAAUUCAAACAAAAAACGGGGUUUUAAAAUUUUGGGUACUUUUUAACAUUUUAAAAUCAGUGUGCACUAUUUUGACUGUAGAAUUGACAACACUAUCCCGAUUUUUAUGAAACUUUGACAGUGUAAAAUUGUUGUGUUAAACUGUUUUCAGUAAAAAUUUCAGCCAUUUUGGUUGAACAUUUAAAAAGUUAGAGCAGUUUGAAUGUCACUAUACCAAAAACCACAUCUGCAUAUUGCGACAUAGUGCUACAUAUAUGGCUAUAACUUUUUAACGGUUAGAUCAAAUUGAAUGAAAUUUUGACACAAUACUUCUACAUACAUACUUUUUGCACAGAAAAAUUUUCAUUGAAAUCGGUUCAGUAUUUUUGGCUCUACAGUUUUAGGUAAAAAAAAGUGAUAUUUUUUAAAGUGUUUGUUCGCCUAAGAUUCUCAAAUGGUAAGUCUCUUGUUUCGACGAUAUCUACGCCAACACUUAAUCGAUUUUGAUGAAAUUUUUAUGGCAUUAGUUACACAUAAUGUACUAUUCCUGGUAAAAAAGUCAGCGAUUUUUGUGCACGCAAUCAAAAGUUAUACAUUAUUCUUUGUGUCUCAUUUUUUUCGAGUCCAGUCUUUAGACACUGUUGUAAGAUGAAUGUUGAAAAAUAAAUAAAUAUAUAAAAUAUAUAAACUGUGAAGGCAUGGUCCAAUAUUAUUCACUAAUUCUUGCACUAUGACACUUCUAGGGUCCCGAACCUCUGUUCUUUUUACUUAUCCCAUAAAACGAUUUUUUUUAAAUUUUUGUCGAGCAGUAUUAUGCAUUAUUUACUCGAGCCCCGUCGACCUAUCGCUAAAAACGAUACGAUCGUGCGACGCUAUUUUCCGACAACAUAGCAAAAAACAACGCAAUACUAAAAACUAACCAUCCAUGCAUCUAUUGGUUUCGUAAAAGCGAACGCGAUCGACUAUGCUGCGAUACUCACGGGUGCGAUGCAUGCACAGCAAAGAACAACAAGCUUAGUUUGAGAAGAGUGUUAUUACUGAGGAGCAAAACAGUAAGGAACAAAGUGAUAUGCGGAAAUUUUAUGAAACUGAUUCAAAUUCGAAGAUAAUCAGCAUCAUCUCCAGCCAUGCGCAAUGAUCGUGAAGGUAAUUUGCUGACAAUAGCACUGGGCAGGUAAAGAUAGCACUUGGAAACUUUGUUCAAUGGAAGGAACGUUAGUGUGUCAACGAGUAGAUUAGGCGCUGUCAAUAAACUACGUAGACUCAUUUUUGACCAUCAUUACCCAGAUAUCCACUAAGCAUUUAAAUAAGCCGUAAAGUAGCCCGUAUUAUGCAUUUGAGAUGCUUGCUGCCCUACAUGAGCAGUUCGAAUGCAUAACUGCUUUGAAAUAGCAUAUGCUGUGCUGCUCAAAAGCUUUAGGCUGUAAAUUAGCAUUUCAACUGCUUGAAGUGUUUUCGUUCGGGAGCAAUCAGAAUGCUGCUCAACUGCUUUUUAAAUGCUAAGAGCAAAGAGGAUGGGAGAUAUGUUAUGCAAUUCACAGCACAUGUUAUCUCUCUCUUACAGGACCUAUGCUUCUGUUUACAAAUUUGUGCACUUGAUUUGCUUCUUCUUUUUUCCCUCACCAAAUCAAGAGCUCAUAAGCAAACAUUGCUGCAGCUGGGUUGAAUAGAAACUUGACCAUCAAAAAAUGACUAAUUAUGAUUCCGUCGGAAAAUGUGUGCUGGAUAUAGGUGGAUGGUUCGGCGGAUCCUUGGGCGGAUCAUAAGAUUAUUCGAAAGAGGAAGAGAAAAUCAUAUGCUACAGAUUGAAAAACAAAUGAAAAUGCUCUACACACCACGGAAUAUCUUUUUGAAAACAAGUUUUGGGUGUUUAAAAUGACGCUCAACUCAUUAAAACAAGUCCUAGUUAGAGCAUUUUAAAAUUGUGUAUGAGAAUCGGUUUUUGUCAUAUAAACACUGGCGUGUGCAGCAUAGUUGUCCCAUGUUCUAUGGGAAUCCCUAUUAACAUGGACAACUACGCUCUACACGGCAGAACAGUGUAUGUGCUUUGAACCUGUUUAUCAAGGAUGGAAGAAAAUCACUUCUAACGAUAAAUGAUACGCCAUACGAACAAUCAAAGAUAGCCGUUGCUCUUGCGGUAGCAUGAUGCGACACCCUCGCGCUGUGCUCGUAUCACAGAGCAAUCAAACAUCUGAUGCACUCUUUAUCGCGGGAUCUAUCGUUAUCGGAUCAUGUUACAAGUCGCGAUAAACUUUAUUCAUCACGAUUAAUGCCACUUAUGCACCCCGAAACCCAAAUUCAUGAUCAGGAAUAUUACAUUCAUAUGCAUAUCGUGAAGCUUCAGCAAUAAGAAUGCACAAAAAGUUACCGAAAAUCGAAAUUUAUCAUUUCGACUUCAUGAUAACGAUCGCAUCGCGGCCGCACAUGCCGAGCGAUUCAUUAUUCGCGGAGCAUGAUUUGUUAUGAAUGCUUGACGACACAAUUUUAUCGUUGUUGCUAUGAUCGCGCGAUGCCUUCCAACCGCGACACAUUUGGGAUCCUAUCAUGAUCACUAGAUUUCCAUCCUUUUUGCAGACCCCUCGGUUUUGGUCAAAUGGUGGCUCAUAUAAACCGUCAUAACUCGAACGUUUCUCCAAAAACCACCUCAAAACGAAUUGUUGUUGAAACGAGGAGAGAUAGAGCUACUAUUCACAAUAAUAAAAAGUUGGGUUGGCCAUAUUGAUUUUGGCCGCCAUCUUGGAUUUUUAAACCAAAACAUUUUACAGUGUUCAUACAUUGUACAUGCAAUACGUACCACUUCAACAACAUGUUUACUUCGGUAUGAUUUCACGAUCUGUAUUUUCUCUACAACUUCGUGGAACAGACCUGUCCUGAAAACGUAAACCUACAUAUCUUCAUCGUAAUGUACAAUUUCCCACCUUAAAACAAUAAUCGUAUCGAUUCAAACCAACCAAGUACAGAGUAGAUGGCACACACGCACGCAAAGACACUGCCAUCCCCAUUCGCACAGAGUAGGUACUGAAACAAUACCAAUUCAGCCAUAAAUUAUUAACAGCAGAGCAAUACAACUUUUAUUUCCCAACCGAGUAGUACAAACACCACCUUCCGAUUGGUAUCUCAACUCUUUUCUCAAUCGUAUAGCAGUUAUCGGAAGUACCCGAUCACAUGGUUAUACCUGUCAAACAAAAACUGCCGUGAAUUUGGCAGUAGCGGGAAAAUUCCAGAUUCUAAUUCCUAAACAAUGUAAUCUGAAAAAUUAGCGUAUUAAUAUAGUAACUGUUUGAUUGGAUUUGAUAUUCUCUGAAUAAAUAGGAGAAAUUGUGUCACGGUGUGUCUAAAACCGUUAUUAACAAAAUAAAAUACCCAUCUAAGCGGUAACCACCAUUCGAAAGAUAUAGUGUACAGGUAUCAUCCCUGAAAUUUUGGAAAUGUUUCAUCAAGGGAAUUAAUAGUUUAAGCGAUUUGAAAUUUUAGGGCGAUUUUCAAUGAAAUUCUCUUUGAACUACAGGUCGGACUCGAUUAUCCGGUGUUGCCAACGCUGGCAGCACUGCUAAUUUGAAUAUGGAGUCGAUCCAAGAUACCCCCCGAUCGGAUUCUUCGCACACCAACUGACGUCAACCGAUGCGUCAACCGAUGCGUACCGAAAGUCAGGCUCGCGUAUCGAACGUCAGAAUGAGGAGAUUGAUAUGUGAUAUAGCAAGUCAUCAAGGUAAAACAGUUGUAUAGGAUAAAGUGAUUGAUUGAUUAUUACUGAAUUCUCAAAGUUAUUUGGAUUUGUACACCAGUUUAAUUCAUAAUUAUUCGAGGUAUGGUUUGAAAUGUAGUAGAUUCGGUGGGAGCCUAAAUUACUAAGAUUUAAUUCCGAAUAGGUUUUCGUUGCACAAUUAGAACCAUCCGUCUGAAGGUCUAGGCUCACGAGUAUAUAUUCGAUUCGUAGGCUAUAUUCCUUCAGUUCAGUCGAGGAAAAUUAUAAUAAACAUUGUUGGGAAAGACACUACUGAGGAGACCGGUUUGUAAGUUGCCAUGAAACUAGCCUGUCUGAUCGAGGUUAUUAAUAAAUAUCUCCCACAGCUUAAAGAAUACAGCACCAAACAUCCAUCGUGCGAUUCUCUUAAGAGCUCCGAAAGUCACCCAACAAAGCUUUAAGAAACCGCUUCGAUCACCAGGAGUAAGGAUGCCUGAAACGGAUCGGUUCGACUGCAAACUUUGCCGGAGGUCGAACAACGUGGACGAUAUGGUCUUCUGCGCGGUGUGCCAGGAGUGGUAUCACUACCAGUGCGUGGGAGUGACAUCAGCGGUAGCCAACGAGAGCUGGAUGUGCGCACGUUGUUUGGCUUUGCCAUCGUCCACACGGAUCGGCGAGCUAUUGGGAAGCGAUCCUGUAUUUCCAGCUACUAUCAUCAACGUUCCAUCACCUAGGACAACCGAAUCACCGUCGGCAGUUGCUUCAACUUCCUCCGUGGUAUCGCACGGGACAAACCCUGGAUUACCGCUGGCCACAUCGGCGGCAUUCUCAACUGUAUCGUCGACUGCACCUCCUGGAUUGGUGCCGCCCGCCGUCGCUGGGCCCUCCGGAUGGGUACCUGCAACGACGACUACAGCUACUACGACCAACUAUGGACAAUCGUUGCUUACGGAACAGGCGCGAGCAAGCCUCCAAUGGGUUCAAGACCAUCGAGCAUUUCUGGAGCAGCAGUUAGAAGAGAGCCAUAGGAAGGAACUGGAGAGGAAGAAAGCACUACUGGGACAGCUCACGAAUAACGCCUUGCAAAGUGUCAUCAGCGGGGCGGCGUCAAUCAGCUUCAACGAGCAGCCCGCUGCGGUCGGCGGGGUCGACAAUGUAGGAAGCUGGCUGGGAAGGAUGAUCGGCGAGAUGGAAAAUCUGUCUAUCACACCAGCGAGCGCGGGGCCACAGAUGACAGCAUCCGUUACACCAGUGCUCAACAGCUCCACACCGACGACUACGGGUCCUGCUAAUCAGUAUGUAUGCGAUCCGUCUCUAUCAUCACUGCUGCUUGGAGUGCCUAGUGGUGUGUCGAAGAUUCCCACAAGUUCCUUUUGUGAAGGUCAGUACAUUACUAUGCCAUCUGUUCCUUUGUAUGGGUACUCGCCUCCAGGGAUGGAUUACUCUAGGCAGAUUAGUGCGUUUCCGAUUAGCACCCAGGCACCUUUAAUGGGGUUGGGGAAUGCAACCCUAACUAAUGUAGUAACGGCCUGCCCGACGGUUCCAACAGCAUCGAUUCCGCAGGUACCAGGUUACGGGGGGUUGUUAGGGAACGCAAGUGUACCAAGAAUACAUCCGAAUCCUACCGUUUCGCAAUCUCCCAUGGGCGGGUAUUAUCCAAUGAUCUCGCCUCAAGCACUCCCGUUACAGUACCCAGUGGGUCCAACGCAGCAGCAGUUGUUGGCGAGGCAAGUAAUGCCAAAAGAUCUCCCGCCGUUUCGAGGGGAUCCUGAAGAUUGGCCGCUGUUCUUCACCGCGUACACCAAUUCGACGGCCGCAUGCGGAUACACCAAUGUGGAAAAUUUGGCUCGGCUUCAACGGGCGCUGCAAGGCAAAGCAUUUGAUGCAGUGAAAAGCCGUUUGCUUCUUCCGGCGUGCGUCCCACAAGUUAUGUCCACUUUGUACAUGUUGUACGGCAGACCGGAACUGAUCAUCCAGACAUUAUUGGAUAAAGUUCGCGAGACUCCGGCACCUAAGGCGGACAGGUUGGAAACACUGAUCACCUUCGGCAUGGCGGUUCAAAACCUGUGCGACCAUAUUGAAGCAACUGGGCAAAUGGAACAUCUAUGUAACCCAGUUUUACUGCGAGAGUUGGUGGACAAAAUUCCUGCUCAGCAACGCCUCAACUGGGCGCUGUACAAACAACAGUUUGUUACGGCCGAUCUACGUACCUUCGCUGGAUUCAUGUCCAUGCUAGUGGCAGCAGCCUCAGACGUCACAUUCACUACGGAUUCGAAGCAGUCACGAUCGGAUCGAGGCGAGCGUAAUAGGGACAAAAGCUUCCUUAACACUCACGCUGCCAGUGAGUCUACCACGAAGCAGAGUAACCUGGAAGAUGUACCGAGGAAGUUAGAGGUCAAGGAUGUGCUGUGUCUGGCGUGUAACGGGCGUAAUCACAAGGUGAAAGAUUGUGCAACGUUCAAAACGUGGGAUGCAGACAGCCGUUGGAAGACCAUCGAAGAUCAUCGCUUGUGUCAUACGUGCCUAGGGAAACACGGUCGGCGUCCUUGCAAGAUACAAGUUGUUUGCGGCGUAGAAGGCUGCCAGCAGCGACACCAUCGCCUGUUGCACUCCAGCGUUCAGAAUCAUCGACCGCUGACCAAGGAUGAUCAGAAUACAGCGAAGCAAGGUAAUACUUCUGAAGAAGGGCUAAACGCGCACCAUGCUACCAAGAAGGCUACACUAUUUAGAAUUCUUCCUGUUACGCUAACGUGGAAGGAUAAAUCAGUAGAAACGUUUGCGUUCUUGGACGACGGAUCCGACAUGACUCUGGUCGAGCAAUCGAUCGCGGAACGAUUAGGCAUCGAUGACGGCGAACCUCUUCCCCUUUGCCUAACUUGGACCAGCAACGUGACUCGACAGGAACCGAAGUCCCAACGGAUUCAUCUGGAAAUAUCCGGAAAAGGGAAAUACGAACGGUUCACCCUAAAGGACGCAAGAACGGUUUCUAGCCUUAACCUACCGAAGCAGACGCUAAAGUACGGGGAGUUGGCACGGCAAUAUUCUCACCUUCGCGGUCUCCCGGUCACCAGCUAUGAGGCAGCAACGCCGGGAAUACUAAUCGGUUCAAACAAUGCCAGCCUGACUGCAACAUUGAACUUGCGCGAGGGUCAACUAGGCGAUCCUCUGGCCAGCAAGACUCGGCUCGGUUGGUCGGUAUAUGGCUAUACUGCCAAAGGAGAGAGAGUGACGAACUUCAUGCUGCACGUAUGCGAGUGUCGACGAGAAUACCAAGUGGAUCAAGACCUUCAUGAACUCGUCAAGCAACAUUUCACGGUUGAAAACAUUGGAGUUUCGGCUGACAAGGGCCCAGAAUCGGAGGAGGAUAAGCGUGCCCGUCGGAUCCUAGAGGAGACAACGAAGCGCAUUUCAAAUCGGUUUGAGACUGGCCUAUUAUGGCGCCAUGACCAUGUGGAAUUUCCAAACAGUUUUCCCAUGGCAAUGCGGCGUCUACAAUGUUUCGAGCGAAGAAUGAAGAAAGAUCACGAGCUACAGGCAAGCGUACAGCUACAGAUUAGUGAGUAUCUGGAGAACGACUAUAUCCACGAGGUAACGAGGAAAGAAAUGGAAUCCACAGACCCUAAGAAGGUUUGGUACUUACCAUUGGGUGCCGUGAGGAACCCGAAGAAGCCGGGCAAAAUUCGACUUGUUUGGGACGCGGCGGCGAAAGUAGGGGGAGUUUCUUUCAACUCCAUGCUCCUCAAGGGACCAGAUCUGCUGACCCCUCUUGCUUCGGUGCUGUGCAAAUUUCGAGAACGGCCGGUAGCUGUUUGCGGGGACCUGAAACAGAUGUUUCACCAAUUCAGAAUACGCCAGGAAGAUGCGCACAGCCAACGGUUCCUCUACAGAGAGCAUCCUUCGCAACCGGUCAGGAUGUUCGUGAUGGACGUCGGUACCUUUGGAGCCACAUGCUCUCCUUGCCAGGCCCAGUUCAUAAAAAACCGUAACGCAGAGGAAAAUGAAGAAGAGUUCCCGGAGGCAGCGGAAGCAAUUAAGAAGAAGCACUAUGUCGAUGAUUACCUCGACAGCUUCGACACUGAAAAAGAGGCGAUCAAGGUCGCGCUGGAAGUGACGGAAGUGCAUGCUCGUGGAGGUUUCUGCAUCCGGAACUGGCACUCUAAUUCGGACGCUCUUCUAAAACGGGUCGGGGAACCCAGUGCAGGACAACCCAAGGCGAUCAGCAUCGAUUCAGAAAGCGGAGCCGAACGAGUUUUGGGCCUCCUUUGGCUGCCGAAAGAAGACGUCAUUGCUUUUGCCAGCAACCAGCAACUGCACGAUAUUGCUCCAACGAAGCGGAACAUCCUGCGUUGUGUGAUGAGCUUGUUUGACUCGCAGGGUAUCCUGUCACACAUCACGAUUCAGGGACGGAUGAUCAUCCAGGACACCUGGCGCAAUCAAACCCAGUGGGACGAGGAGGUCGCUGAAGCUAUCCGUUUGCGCUGGUUCCGGUGGAUAAAACUUUUCGAGGAGGUCGAACAGAUGAGGCUCCACAGAUCCUACUUUCCUGGUUUCACUGCUGCAGAGGUCGGUCCUGUAGAGCUUCAUGUUUUCACGGAUGCCAGUGAGGAAGCUUUCGCCUGUGCAGCCUACUUUCGAGCUACGAUAAUGGGAAGGGUGCACGUUACGCUGGUGAUGGCCAAGGCGAAAGUAGCACCAUUGAAAUCUUUAUCGGUACCACGUCUGGAGCUGAUGGGCGCUCUGCUGGGAGCGAGGCUAGCUAAGGCGGUGAAGGAGUUCCAUACUUUCUCAAUCGCUCGCCGUGUAAUGUGGACAGAUUCAAAAACUACUUUGGCAUGGGUGCAAUCGCAACACCGUCGCUACCGACAAUUCGUAGCGUUCCGCGUGGGAGAGAUUCUAAAUAAGACGGAAGCCACGGAAUGGAGAUACGUUCCCACGCAACAUAAUCCAGCUGACGACGCUACCAAGUGGGGUAAAGGCCCCAGCGUAGACGUAACAUCUCGUUGGUUCCGUGGACCUGACUUUCUGCACAGGCCGGAAACAGAAUGGCCGGAGCAAAGGUCGACGCAAUCUUGUGAGACGGAUGAAGAAUUGCGGCCCUGUAUGGUGCACCGGGAAAACCUUGUCGAAGAUGUCUAUCAGAUCGGCAAAUUUUCUAAGUGGGAGCGUUUGUUAAGAGCGGUGGCAUACGUCCAUCGUUAUAUCGUCAACUGUUAUCGCAAAAGCAAGAAGCAGGAGCUGAUGACUGGGUAUUUACAGCAGGAGGAACUGCGGAAUGCAGAAAACGGUUUAUGGCGCUUGGUGCAGGCAUCCGCGUAUCCGGAGGAAGUAGUCGUACUGAAACAAGAAGACGGGAACGGGAAGAAGCGAAUCGAGAAGACUAGUCCGGUCUAUAAACUGUCGCCGUUCCUGGACGAGCACGGCGUGAUGCGAGUGGACACUCGUAUUGGUGUAGUUCCGUACGUUACCUACGACUUCAAAUUUCCGAUAAUCCUGCCUCGUCAUCAUCAUCUCACCAAGUUAAUCGUCGACUGGCAUCACCGACGGUAUCUACACGCUAACCACGAGACAGUACUUAAUGAAGUUCGCCAGCGAUUCCACGUUUCCAAUCUUCGCACUGUUAUUCGGCAAGUUAUUAAGGAGUGCCAGGCAUGCAAGAUCGCCAAAGCAGCUCCUGUACAACCAAGGAUGGCCCCCCUUCCAGAGUCACGUUUAGCAGCCAGGGCGCGUCCGUUCUCCUAUGUUGGGAUGGAUUACUUCGGACCUAUUCAGGUCCGCGUCGGGCGCAGCCUUGUCAAACGGUGGGUAGCAUUGUUUACAUGCCUAACUGUAAGAGCGGUCCAUCUAGAGAUCGUCCAUUCCCUCUCAACGGAAUCGUGCAAGAUGGCAGUCCGCCGGUUUGUGGCUCGCCGUGGGUCACCUUUCGAGAUCCGUUCAGACAACGGCACAAAUUUUCAGGGAGCCAGUCGAGAGCUGCGUGAUCAGAUCGCAGCCGUCGAUCAACAGCUGGCGGAAACGUUUACCAACUCUAACACCAAAUGGACCUUCAAUCCUCCAUCCGCUCCGCACUUUGGUGGCUCUUGGGAGCGACUCGUGAGGUCAGUCAAGAUAGCACUCGGUUCACUGUGCACGGAUAGGAACCCGGACGAUGAGACACUGUUGACGGUCAUCCUUGAAGCUGAGUCUAUAGUCAACUCCAGGCCGUUAACCUUCAUUCCUCUGGAGAGCGUCAACCAGGAGGCCCUGACGCCGAACCAUUUCAUCUUACUGAGCUCCAGUGGAGUCGCGCAACCUCCUACGAUUCUGGCGGAGCCGAUGAAGGUUACCCGUACGAACUGGAAGAUGGCGAGACAGUUAGUGGAUCAUUUCUGGCGACGCUGGAUUAGGGAAUACCUUCCUACGAUUGCAAUCAGAAGUAAAUGGACCAGCGAAACAGAAAGCCUCAAGGUGAACGACCUUGUUCUUAUUGUUGAUGAAGGUCUACGCAACGGAUGGACGAGAGGUCGAGUAACAGCGUUGAUUCCGGGAAGCGAUGGGCGUAUUCGCCAAGCCAUGGUCCAGACCACUGGAGGGGUAUUCCGGCGACCAGUGACCAAGUUGGCGGUGCUCCAGGUGCAAGGCGAUGGUAACUCAAAGACAGCAGCAGAGUUGCAGGCGUGUUACGGGUCGGGGGAUGUUGCCAACGCUGGCAGCACUGCUAAUUUGAAUAUGGAGUCGAUCCAAGAUACCCCCCGAUCGGAUUCUUCGCACACCAACUGACGUCAACCGAUGCGUCAACCGAUGCGUACCGAAAGUCAGGCUCGCGUAUCGAACGUCAGAAUGAGGAGAUUGAUAUGUGAUAUAGCAAGUCAUCAAGGUAAAACAGUUGUAUAGGAUAAAGUGAUUGAUUGAUUAUUACUGAAUUCUCAAAGUUAUUUGGAUUUGUACACCAGUUUAAUUCAUAAUUAUUCGAGGUAUGGUUUGAAAUGUAGUAGAUUCGGUGGGAGCCUAAAUUACUAAGAUUUAAUUCCGAAUAGGUUUUCGUUGCACAAUUAGAACCAUCCGUCUGAAGGUCUAGGCUCACGAGUAUAUAUUCGAUUCGUAGGCUGUGAGUUUGUUACCUUAAUCUACUGAAUUUACUUAAAAUUAAGACAAUCAUUUCUAAUACUUAGCAGAUAUUCCUUCAGUUCAGUCGAGGAAAAUUAUAAUAAACAUUGUUGGGAAAGACACUACUGAGGAGACCGGUUUGUAAGUUGCCAUGAAACUAGCCUGUCUGAUCGAGGUUAUUAAUAAAUAUCUCCCACAGCUUAAAGAAUACAGCACCAAACAUCCAUCGUGCGAUUCUCUUAAGAGCUCCGAAAGUCACCCAACAUCCGGAGUAUUGAUUUUUAUUUCACUCCGGAUAAUCGAAUUCUCCGGAUAAUCGAAUCACGAAAAAAAUAUUAAAUUUUAAAUUAAAAAGUAAAUGUUUUUGUUAUUUUAUGUGCAUGAAGCUGUGACGUAGCCAGAAAUUUAAAUUAGGGAACGUCCAUAAAUUACGUAACACUUUUUUUCUUUCCUCCUAGUCAUACUGCUUUAAUGAGACGCAUGAAGUUUUCGUAUUGGUCAUCACACAAUGUUGAAUUCCUCUUCUCCUCGUAAAGCGUGACGUAAGCUAUAGGCGUUCCUUUAGAAUAUUGUGUAAAGUGGGACCUUGAUUGUAUUUUAGGCUGACAAAAUCGACAUAGUUUUUUUUUUUUGUGAAUUUUGAACUCCAAAAACAGGUUCUGAUUCUAAGGACUGUUCAAUUUAUAAAACGGACAACUUGCUUGUGCAAUAUCUUUUUUAUUUUUCAUUAAAAUCAUUUUCAGUUGUUUGCAUAACUUUCUAUAGCUAUUCUCAAAUGUAGGAAAAAUAUAACAUUUAGCAAAAUGUUCUUUAUUGUGUAACUGAAGCGGUUUUCGUAAAACAUCAAUAAAAACCCAUUUCUCAUGCAUAUUUUCAUGAAGUUUUCAAUGUAUUGUAAUCUUAUACUAUUCUACUAAAGGUAAAGCUCAAUAGUUAAUUAGUAAUAAUGCACCAAGCUACCUCCAGCUUGAUAUAGUGAAUUGUCUGGUUUUCAUAGAAAUUAUUAAAAAAUAUUUAUUUAAGUCCUGUGAUGCAACAGCACAACGGAUUCGGCUAAAAUUUUGUCCAGAGUAGAAGAAUAUUGCUUUCUGAAUGAUGCCGAAGAAAAAAAAUACUUUAAUUGCAUUCUUCAUCAAAAAGUUAAUCCAUAAAGAUGGUCAUAGUAAAAAAAUGCUUACUUUUUGCUCCAUUGAUGCAGAUUUUCGACUCUAGCGAAUCUUGUUAUUGUUUAUUUUUCAACAAAGUUGGUCCUAUGUUAUUGUACACCUUAUUUAAUAACAAUUGGGUUGAUUUUUUUUUAUUUCCUACUUCAUUGUUAUGUAAAAUUUGCAUUAGGUUGCUGUGUUAUUUGGAAGAACCUUCAAAGAACGAAACUGUUUUGAUUACUGUGCCUGUAAUGGCAUACAGUAACCAAACCAGCAAUGCUAUUGAGAAGCAGUUUUCUGCAUUUGAAGCCGCAUUAUACCUACUUCCGACUGGAUGUAUAAAAAAUUUGUUUAUUGAAUAUGUUCAUGCUCUUUUUGCUUUACAAUUGAAUUUUAUUCAAAAAAUCGAAUCUCUCUUGAGACUUUAAUAUUUCAACAACUAAUUUUCCAAUCGAGUUUAAACUUCGCCAGAAUGUUUAUUACUCAUGCUGCUGCAGCAUGGAACAUACUUUGCUGAUAUUAAAAACGAUAUACCAUAUGUAAACAAUAAUUUUAUAUAUAUUUCAAAUUUUCAGCAAUCGUAAAAUCCAGCUCAUUUAACAUCUGGCCGAUUUUCUAUAAAAUAAAACUAUUUUUAUUCGAUUCAAAAAUCAUUACUAUAAUGAACGAUGAUGUACUGAACAACGAAGCAAGGGUGGUUAAAUUUGAACUACGCGUCUUCUUUUUAUAGCCUUGUAAAGUUAUCCGUUUUAUAAAUUGAACAGUCCUUAUCAAAGGAAACAAUACAGUUAAAGGGGAAUUGUGAAGGGCUGUGGUUUAUGUUAAUUUUUCUCAGUUUUGAUGAACGAGAAAAAAAAUGUAAUGAAUAGGGCUGUAGUAUUAGAAAUGUAGAGUAAUGCGGGGCAAAAGUUCGCAGUGGGUCUUUUUCUGAGCACGAGUUAAGAACCCAAACAAUUUUGUAUGGGUUCGACACAUAACCAGGUCAGUUACUCGUCGAUAAAAAUUGGAACGAUUUCGUCAUGGUUUGGCAGAGUUAUGCAAAAAAAAUGUGUUUCUAAGUGUUUUGAUAGAACUUUUGGACCUUGUGGAAUAAGAAUUUGUAGUAACAGGAAGAAAAAGAAUCUCAUAACCUCUUGAUGUCGGAGAAUCGUUAUCCCACAGUAGUUCGUGAGGUGCACUCGAAUAAACAAUAAAUUACCAGUGCUUCUUGUAGAAAGGAACAUUGCUAAAACCUCUACAAUGGGGCAAAAGUUCGCAGUAGCUGUGGGGCAAAAGUUCGCACUAGAUUUCUAAAUCUAGUACAGCAAUACAAAUACAGAAGAAAACAUUUCCCAUUUCAGAUCAACGAGUUGAUCCGUUUUCGUUGCCCUUCCGGGUUAUAUUACAAAAUUUCUAACUCAGAGCUUCUGCGCUAAGUCUAUGAUACACACGUAGUACUGAGAGCGGUGAUGUCAAUUCCGCCAAAACACGCUUAAUACAAAAACGAUCACAAUCUCGCUAAAGGAAUCCUUGUAGAAAUAUUCAAAAGAAUUCCUUGAUUGGCCCCUGGAAAAAUCACUGGAGGAAUCUUUAGAGAAGUUUGAAAGAAGUUUCUGAAUCACUACGAGAAUUACUGUAAUUCAUAGAAGGUUUCUGUAAAAAUUUCUUGAAAAAUCCCCUGAGGAAUCCAUGGACAACAUCCUGUAGAACAAUCCUGUGCAGGAACGAAUUAGAUAUCAUACCAAGACAAAGUAUUGAGUCAUCGACAAAAAUACCUCAACGAGUUAUUGGUUUGGUAUUGAGGACUGCUUGAGGUUUUAUUGCAUUGUAGAACACGCACCAUUUAUUGGUUUAGGUUUUGCAUAUCUCAGUUUAAUAUUCUACACCUAUUCUCUCCUGCUCGGGUAUAUGGGAGUUCCUGGAGAAAUCCCUAAAAUAUCCUGAGGAAUAUAUGGCAGAAACUCUGCAGAAAUCCAAGGAGAAGGAGCUCCUGGAAUAAUCCGUGGAGAAACUCCAGCAGUACUUUUGGGACUUCCUCCCCAAAGGACUUCUUAUGCUCCACCAACAGAAAAUUCUGGAGGAAACUAGAAAAAUCCUUGGAGAAAUCUUUCCAAGAAUCGCAAGAAUAAUUCUCAGGCAAUUUAUAGAGAAAACCCUGGUGGUAUUGUAGGUAAAAAAGGUAAGGAAGGAUCUGCAGUAUUAAUUUCUAAAGAAAUCCCAGGCGGACUGAAGGAUUCCAUAUGGAAUUCUCGGAGGAAUACCAAUUGAUACCAAGAGGAAUUCAUCAUCUUAUUUGAAUGCUUCCAACUGCUGGAUGUUUGUAUCGGGAAUUCAUCAUUAAAAAAAAUCUGGAGGAUUUUUCCAUGGAAAUUCUUGAGGAAUCCCAGCAGUAAAUAUCCGAUGGCAUCUCUACAAAAAAAUGCUGACUAUGCAACUGUUUUCAAAAUA